GUUCCAAAUGUGGUGGGUGCUGGCUCUGGUGCCGUUGUGCUGGUGUGCACCUCGCAUCACCCCACCGUGUGAAGACGACGUGAAGAACAUCGGCUCAUCAGCAGGAUACAACGUCGCCUCAGAAAUGCUCACGAAGUCCAUCAACUUUUCGGUGGACCCAUGUGAGGAUUUCUUUGAAUUCACCUGUGGCAACUGGAUAGCUAAUCAUCCAAUUCCCAAACACAAAACCAGCUAUUCGCAAUUUGGAAUGCUUUCUGACAAAGUACAGGAACAAAUGAGAGAUAUAUUUGAAUCAAAUGAGAUGUUUGGAUCGAAAUCUAUGAAUGCACUGAAAGCCAUCUACAAGAGGUGUAUGGACAAGGACGAACUGAACCGUAUCGGCGCAAGGCGAUUCGUAGAAAACGUCAAGAGUUACGGCGUAUGGCCCAUUUUGGAAGGCGAUGAAAAAUGGAAAGUGGAGAAUUUCGACUUGACGUCGUUGCUAAUCCAUGUGUCACAAAUCCGUGGUGUCGAUGUAUUUGUCAGUUAUUAUGUCACUCUCGACAACAAAAAUGUUUCUCGCCGACUCAUUGAGUUUGAUCAAGGAGACCUUAUCUUGGGCGAAUCGUCGCGAGAUUACUACUUGGAUAGAGCAAAACACGGCAAGAAGAUUGAGGCUCUAAAAAAGUAUCUUGUCAAAAAGGUUGAACUGUUUCAAAAGGAUGCUAAUCUGCCCACUAACAGAACAAAAAUUGAGAGAGACAUUGACGAGAUGAUCGCACUCGAAACGAAAAUCGCAGAAAUCCUAAUUGCAGAUGAGGAUCGCAGAAACUACACAGAACUUUAUAACAUCCGUCGUCUAAGUGAUAUGCAGAAACUUAUGCCUUUGGUCGACUGGUCGCGAUUUUUCUUUGCCGUUGCUCCUUUCGCUUCACACCAGUACCUUAAUUCAAAUCCAGAGAUACUCAUCGUAGAAAUUGAUUAUUUGAGAAGAAUCAGCGAACUAUUGCGAUCAACAGAUCCACGUGUGAUUACAAACUACGUUUUUAUGCGGUAUUCUUCAAGCUGGACAGGAGAGAUGGGAGAAACCUAUGAAGACAUUGCACAAGAAUUCCAUAAGGUCAUGUAUGGAAAACAGCAGAAAGCACCACGAUGGAAAGACUGUACUAGUCACACUAUGCAUCGGAUGCAAUACGCUACCGGGGCGAUAUACGUGAGGAAAGCAUUUGAUCAGGAGUCGAAAAAUGUCACACUGGAAAUGAUCGAUGACCUACAGGAAGUAUUUCGCGGGAUACUCAGCACUAACAAUUGGAUGGACGACCAAACUAGAGCUACAGCUUUGGACAAGGCGAACCAAAUGCUGCGCCAAAUAGCCUAUCCAGACUUUAUCCUAGAUGAUGAAAAGCUCGACGAGCACUAUGACGGUUUGGACGUGCGUGACACUGAUUCGUACAGUGAAAUGUUGGAAAAAGUGGCGCGAUGGGGAAUCGAGUACUCCUUCAGAAGACUGACGAAACCUGUGGACCGUACCGAGUACAAUUUUAACUCUGCUGUAGUGAAUGCUUACUACUCAUCGACCUCCAAUUCCAUUAAAUUUCCUGCUGCCAUACUCCAAGCUCCAUUCUUCCAUCACACCUUCCCCAGAGCUUUGAACUAUGGAGGGAUUGGAGCGGUCAUCGGGCAUGAAAUUACCCAUGGUUUUGAUGAUCAAGGACGUCAGUUUGACGCUAUUGGUAAUCUUCGUGAGUGGUGGGACGCGGAGGUGAAGAAGAAAUUCGAGGAUCGAGCUCAGUGCAUAAUCAAGCAAUACGGGAAGAUUGAGGUGCCGGGAACCGGUCUCAAAAUCAACGGCAAACUCACUCAAGGAGAGAAUAUUGCCGACAAUGGUGGAGUAAAACAGGCGUAUAGGGCUUACAAAGCUUAUUUGCAAAAGCAUGGUGGAGAAGAAGAGAGAAUUAGAGGCUUAGAACAAUAUAAUAAUGAGCAGAUGUUUUUCUUAGGCUAUGCUACGGUUUGGUGUGGGCACUCAACAAAUGACGCCUUGAUCAACCUCAUUCUUACCGACCCCCAUGCUCCGCAGCGUUAUCGGGUUAACCAAGUGCUUGCCAAUCAACCUGAAUUUGCUGCAGCUUUUAGAUGUGAGGUGGGAAGUCCCAUGAACCCCACUGAGCGCUGCUCCGUAUGGUAAAUGCAAAAGGAGCAACAGAGAAAUUGUCGUGUUUAUGUACAUAGCAGCUGUUUGCUUUAUGAAUUCAAAGUGAACCAGAAUCACAAAUGACAAGGAGAGUGUUAUCCAGAAUACGGGUCAUUUUACUUGACUAACUAGAUUGUAAGAAUUCGAGGCAACUUUUUGCUGGUUUGUUUCAUCUGCUUUAAUGAUGUCUCUCACUGUCUCUAAUUUAUUGCACCUUCUCUCGUUCAUAGCUGAUGCCUCGUACUAGUCAUGUUAUAUGACUAAUCAAUUAUAUAUCAUCUCUGUGACUGUGGAUGCUUCUUCCAUUUCACCUAGGACACAUUAUCUUUGAUGACCGCAUCGCCAAAAUUUGACUGAAAAAUUUUUCCAUGCGAAGUUAAGCACAAAAUUUUCUAACAUAACUGGAAUAGAAGUGAUGGACCUUUUAGCUGACAGGAAUAAAAGUGAUG